CUGCUUCUUCAUGCAGGUGGAGCAGCGCCUCGACCCGCAGCUGCGCGGCCGCCCCUGCGCCGUGGUGCAGUACACCGAGUGGCAGGGCGGAGGGUAGGUAGGCGAGCCGGCUUGGCGAUCCCGGCUCCUCGUCCCACCCCGCUCCCCGCGGGGCCUGGCCCGCCCUGCACUUCACCUUCAUGUCUUGGCAGGAUCAUCGCUGUGAGCUACGAGGCGCGCGCCUUCGGCGUGUCCCGCGGGAUGUGGGCGUCGGAGGCGCGGGCGCUGUGCCCCGAGCUGGCGCUGGCCCGGGUGCCGCAGGCGCGGGGCAAGGCGGACCUCACACGGUACCGGGAGGCCAGCGCGGAGGUGAUGCAGGUGCUGUCGCGCUUCGCCGCCAUCGAGCGCGCGAGCAUCGACGAGGCGUACCUGGACCUGACGGGCAGCGCGCGCCACCGGCUGCGCGAGUUGCGCGGCCGCCCCCUGCCGGCUGCGCUGCUGCCCAGCACCUUCGUGCAGGGACUGCCCGCAGAGCCCGGCCCCGAGCCCGGCGGGAAGGGCACGCACCGAGCCGAGCCCGGCGGGAAGGGUACGCACCGACCCCCGACCCCCGGGAAGGGUCCGCCCCGCCGGCUUUGUCUCCCCUGAAUCAAGAGCGUGAGGAGCUGCGGCAACGUGGUUUGGACGAGUGGCUGGCAUCGCUGUCUUUCGAUAACCCCGAUUGUCCUGAUCUGCAGUUGACCAUGGGCGCAGUAAUUGUGGAAGAAAUCAGGGUGGCUGUGGAAGCAGCCACUGGAUUCAGGUGUUCAGCUGGCAUCUCGCACAACAAGACACUGGCAAAACUGGCCUGUGGGUUGAACAAGCCCAACCGCCAGACACUGGUAUCUGCACGAUUUGUGCCGCAGCUCUUCAGCCAACUGCCCGUCAGCAGCAUCCGUAACCUGGGAGGCAAGCUUGGCACUGCUAUCACAGACAUCCUGGGAGUAGAGUACAUUGGGGAGCUGACACAGUUCAGCGAGACUGAGCUCCAGACUCACUUUGGAGACAAAACUGGGUCUUGGCUCUAUGACUUGUGCAGAGGAAUUGAAGAGGAACCUGUCAAAAACCGGUACCUGCCCCAGUCUAUUGGCUGCAGCAAGAACUUCCCUGGGAAGACAGCCCUGGCCACACAGAAGGCGGUGCAACACUGGCUCCUGCAGAUGGCCUUGGAGCUGGAAUCCAGACUGAACAAGGACAGGAGCCAGAACCACCGCGUGGCCCGGCAGCUGAUGGUGGUGAUCCGCCAGCAAGGGGACACCCGCGUGUCACGUCUGUGCGCCCUGUCCCGCUAUGACGCACAGAAAAUGUGCAACGAUGCCUUCACCCUCAUCCAAAACUGCAACGUGGCUGGGGCCCACCAGGCAGCAUGGUCUCCACCACUGACUUCGGUGCAACUCUUGGCAAGCAAGUUCUCAGAGCCUGUCACCCUCUCUACAGGCAUUGCCACCUUCCUGACAGGUGAAACCCAGCCUGAUGGCACAGCCACCACUAGUCAAAAUGCCACAUCUUGUGGGAGGGCCAGGGUCAAGUUCUUUAGGAGCCCAAGCAAAGAGCUUCGGCAGAAGCCAGCUAAUGCCAUUGAGUCAUUCUUCCAAAAGGCAGUAGAACGGCAGCCGUCACAGGCAGCGGCAGCAACCAGCCUGCCCACUGCUGCCACUGCAGAGUCUCCUGUGCCCAGCUCCCCAGAGCACCGAGAGAGAGCUGGCGUUGGACUUGCCUCUGUGCAGUGUGACCUGGAGUCCCCUGUGAAGCGGAGUCCCAGCAAUGCCAGCCCUACUUCUCCUUACAAGAGCAGUUCCUGGGAGAAGUUGCCAUCAGAUGCUACACAAACAUCCUCAACUCCACCCAGCUCCAGGACCCUUCUGAAGUUACAACCAGCUAUGGAGGGAAAUGAGCAGAAUUUGCCACCCUCUCCUGAGCUCACCCUGCUGCCUCCUGCCUCUCCAGGGGACCAGCAGCACUGUGAGAAGUGUGGCCAGCUCGUGCUGGUGUGGGAGUUCCCAGAGCACAUGGACUAUCACUUUGCUCUGGAGCUGCAAAGCUCUUUCCUGGAGCCCAGUGCUCCCAUGGCUCCAGAAGCAGCUCCCAAUGCAAAGGCUGUGGCUUCCAGGUCUCCUGCCAAGGCAAAGAACAAGCCCAAGACUCCAGCAGGAUCUAGUGCAAAACGACCCAAAGAAGGUGUGACAAGAACUUUAGAUUUUUUCUUUAAGCCCUUACCUCCUUAACUCCCAGCCACACUGGGUGUUUUUAAAGAAUUGGUGUUUUUAAAGAAUCACUGUUUUUAAAUACAGUUAAAAGUUUUUAUAGUGCCUGUCAGGUUUUAAUGCUGAAAAGUCUAAUAAAUUAUCUCCACCCCAAGUUUAA